CUUGAACGUCCCACCUCCUUCAAGGACAUCAAUCGACAUUGUUCUCAACCUUUCAAGAACAAUUAAACGCAAUGUCGUCCCCAUCACACCGUCGCCAGCGCAGCUCCCAAUCUGGGACUCCAAAGCGUACAUCGCAGAGGAACUCUUCUGCCCUUCCUUCAAGCCCCCCUGAUCCCGCAGCCGCUCAACUCCAGAAUGAAGCAUCAUCCUCUGCAGGAGGCAAGACUCCCCGACGCGGUGUUCCAUCUUCCUCGCCGAUGAACUAUCGCUCAUCUCCAGCUGAUAUUGCACGAGCAAACCGCGAGCGAGAUGUCUCCUCCCCUCUUCGACAGAUGACCAAUACCCAGACAACAGGGGAUGGUGACCGCACUCCAAGAGCUAGCGCGAGUGGCCUCAUCGGUGAAUCGUCUCCCAUCCGAUAUGCGUCGAGCUCAAGCCCUGCACCUCGCCAACAGACCAACAAUCUUCACAGCGACAGCAGUGGCCUCUUCGUCCGCUCCUCGCGCUCCGCCGCCGGCCCAGGCUCAUCGCUCAAUAUCUCAAGACGAGGUGAUAUCAAUUCGGACGGUAUCAACACACCUCACUCUCGACGCCGCAUUUUCAUGGAUGAGAAUGGCCGAGUUGUUCGCGAGGUUGCUUCAGAGGCUCCUACCUUCUCCAACCUUGAUCCGACCACAUCCGACGCACAGGCGAUGGGAGGAAGCUCUACACUUUGUAUUUGGGGCACCAAUGUCUCCAUCAACGAUACGCUUGCCACUUUCAAGGACUUUUUGCGCAAUUAUACCAAGAAAUACCGCAUGUGGGCUGAUGGCAUGUCUGAGGAGGAGACCGAUGCCGAAGAAGAUUCCACCACCAAAGAGUAUGCUCAAACCAUGCAAAACAUGUUGACUCUAGGUGUCACCAGUCUUAAUUUGGAUUUCCGCAACAUGAAAGCAUACCCUCCUACCAAGAAACUCUGGCAACAGGCACAAGACUAUCCCCAAGACAUCGUCACUCUCAUGGAUCAGAGUAUCAAAGACGUUAUGUACGAGAUUGCAGAAGCAGAAAUGGCGAAGCAGAGACAAUCCCAAAGCUCUGUGGGCCAGUCUUCACAACGCAACCGAGUCAUGAGCUCCGAGCCUCCAGUUCCCAGCUCUGACCGCGAUGAGCCAGAAGCAACUCCCCGAGCAGAGCCGCUGGAUCCGAACGAGAUCGAUUGGUGCCAAGAAGUUCAAAAGAGAUCUUACCGAGUUCGACCCUUUGGCCUGGAUUCUACCGUAAACAUGCGAGAUCUCAAUCCUUCUGACGUCGACAGGAUUGUUGCAAUCAAAGGACUUGUUAUCCGAACCACACCCAUCAUCCCCGAUAUGAAAGAUGCAUUCUUUAAAUGCCAGGUCUGCAACCAUACAGUCAAGGUCGACCUUGAUCGUGGCAGGAUCUCGGAGCCUACCAAAUGUCCUCGGCCCAUCUGUGAUUCUCCCAAUUCCAUGCAAAUCGUGCACAACCGGUCUGGCUUCAUGGACAAGCAAGUCAUCAAGCUGCAAGAAACACCAGACUCAGUCCCGGCUGGUCAAACCCCGCACUCGGUUUCAAUGUGCGCAUAUGAUGAACUCGUAGACUUGUGCAAAGCCGGUGAUCGUGUUGAGAUUACUGGUAUCUUCAAGGCUGCCGGCGUUCGAGUCAACCCACGACAACGCACUCAAAAGAGCAUCUUCAAGACCUACAUUGAUGUUCUGCAUAUUCAGAAGGUCGACAAGAAACGCAUGGGAAUCGAUGUCUCAACCAUUGAGGAAGACUUGUCUGAUCAACUUGCUGGCAACAUUGAAGAGACUCGAAAGAUCUCUGAGGAGGAGGAGGAGAAAAUCAAGGCCACAGCUGCAAGACCAGACAUUUAUGAUCUUCUUUCUCGAUCACUUGCCCCCAGCAUCUUCGAAAUGGACGAUGUCAAGAAAGGCAUUCUUCUUCAAUUGUUUGGUGGAACAAACAAGUCCUUCGAGAAAGGAGGCAGCCCGAAGUAUAGAGGAGAUAUCAACAUCUUGCUUUGCGGUGAUCCGUCCACAUCGAAGUCGCAAAUUCUACAAUACGUCCACAAAAUUGCGCCUCGUGGUGUAUAUACAAGCGGAAAGGGUUCUUCAGCUGUCGGGUUGACUGCGUACGUCACCAGAGAUCCCGAGACUCGCCAAUUGGUCCUCGAGUCUGGUGCACUUGUUCUCUCAGAUGGAGGUGUCUGCUGCAUUGAUGAGUUCGACAAGAUGUCAGAUGCCACUAGAUCUGUCUUGCACGAAGUCAUGGAACAGCAAACUGUCUCUAUCGCUAAGGCUGGCAUCAUCACAACUUUGAAUGCUCGCACCAGUAUUCUUGCAUCCGCCAAUCCAAUUGGCAGCAAGUACAAUCCCAAUCUUCCUGUCCCUCAAAACAUCGACCUCCCGCCUACCUUGCUCUCUCGUUUCGAUUUGGUCUACCUGAUCUUGGACCGUGUUGAUGAGACCAAUGAUCGACGAUUGGCACGCCAUUUGUUGAGCAUGUACCUGGACGAUAAGCCUCAAAGCGCUGCCGGCGGACAGGAAAUCUUGCCAAUUGAGUUCUUGACUUCCUAUAUCUCCUAUGCUCGCACCAAAUGUCAACCACGCAUCAGCCCCGAAGCAUCUCAAGAACUUGUCAGCUCCUAUGUCGAAAUGCGCAAGCUGGGUGAAGAUAUCCGCGCUGCUGAACGCCGAAUCACGGCAACAACCCGUCAACUGGAAUCCAUGAUCCGUCUCGCUGAGGCUCACGCCAAAAUGCGCCUUUCUGAGAUUGUGACCAGGGACGAUGUCCAGGAAGCUGUCAGACUCAUUAAGUCUGCUCUCAAGCAAGCAGCCACGGACUCCCGAACCGGUCUCAUUGAUAUGAGUCUGCUCACUGAGGGUACGAGCGCUAGUGAGCGAAGACGAAAGCAGGACCUGAAGAACGCGGUGUUGGCAUUGCUUGAUGAGAUGACGAGACAGGGCCAAGCUGCUAGAUACAGCGAGGUCGUGAAGAAAUUGGGUGAGCAGAGUAGUAUGCCAGUUGAGGGCAACGAGUUCGCGGAAGUAGUGCGUAUUCUCGAGCAAGAGGGAGCCAUUAUGGUUGUUGGUGAGGGUGCGAGGAGAGCUAUUAGACGGGUUACUGGUGUUGCUUAGAGAAUGUUCGACGCUGGAUUGGGAUAACAUUUCCUUGGCUGGCGUUAGUAUAUAGUUUUCUGGUGCAAUGGGGACGGGAAUGAGUAAUGAUAGAUUAGUAGCAAUGGUUAUGAAGCAAUGCACAUCAAUU